AUGCGAAAAGAGUUAUUCACUCGCAUAGUGAAUGCUUUGGAAGCCCACAACACAUGGUUUCAACAAAGACCCGAUGCCACAGGGAAGAAGGGUUUCACGCCACUACAAAAAUGCACGAAUGCGAUUAGACAGUUGGCAUAUGGUGGCCCACCUGAUCACUACGAUGAGUACCUGCGGAUUUCUGAAACAACAGGGUACGAGUGCUUGCGCCACUUCUGCCGAGGUGUUAUUGAGGUUUUCGGUGGACACUACUUGAGGCGGCCAACCGUUGAUGACUAUCAGCGCUUGAUGGAGAUGCACGAGCAGAGGCCUGGCUUUCCUGGAAUGCUCGGGAGUCUUGAUUGGUCCAACAAUGAUAUAAACGUGCUUAAUCAGUCUACACUAUUCAACGACGUUCUACAAGGGCAAACGCCUUCCAUCCCAUUCACAGUAAAUGGCACGCAAUAUGCCCAUGGAUACUACUUAACAGACGGUAUAUAUCCUGAGUGGGCAACUUUUGUCAAGAGCUUCCAACAUCCUCAAGAUCCAAAAAGAAGGAAGUUCAAGGAAAUGCAAGAAGCUGCGAGGAAGGAUGUAGAACGUGCAUUUGGGGUUCUCCAAGCUCGUUGGGCAAUGAUUAGAGGUCCGAGUCGCCUCUGGUAUAAAGAAAAUAUCACUGACAUUAUGUAUGCUUGCAUUAUUUUACAUAAUAUGAUAAUUGAAGAUGAAGGGGAAAUGGCAAGCCAAUGGGUUGAAGACGAACCAAGCACGUCGAGCAACAAUAUUGCAGGGGAAAUAAAUCAUGGUUCGGUAGGAGGAUUCAACGAGUACCUCAGAAGGGGUGCUAGAGUACGUGACAAAACAAUACAUCAACAACAUCGAUCCGAUCUGGUUGAGCACGUGUGGGCGCGAUUCGGCGAUGAUUAG